AUGAACAUCAAACUCGCAACUCUCGCCCCCUUCCUUGGUGUUGCUCUCGAGAUCGCCGCCAUCCCCGCUCCUGCCUCUCCUCCAGGCGCUAGCUUGGGGGUUUCCAGCGUGAUCAUUCGUCCGCGCACAUUCAAAAAUGGAGUGACCUCCUCGCCAGAAGGGGGCGUACUCACAUCCAUCCAUGUCGUAAUGUGCAAGCAACUACUGCUCACAGACUCCGUCGCAGAGGAAGGCCAGUCACAAUGGAAGGCUCGACGCAAAGGGGGAGGACAGGUCGACCUCCUACAAGAAACCCCCGAACUCUCAACCUUGCCAGUCAUUUCUCCUAUCCCCCAGUGGCUUAGCUUGACGCUCAACGGCCGCUACUUCAAAGCCAAUACGGAUGGUGCCUUCUCGGGGCGCAAACGAGAUCACGCUGCCGUCCAAUCCGGCCAGGCGAGCUUCUCCUUCAUCAUCUUCCUGACUGUGUCGAAGAACACGGGCGGGUCUCUGGCUGGCACGAAGCUCUACGCUGCGUCUUUCUUCUUCGACAAGAAGGGCAUGACUGCCUCGGGUAUCUCCAUUCUGACGAGCCAACAGCUCUUUGAUUUGUUCACCGACGAUCGCCACACUGGAUCGAAAUUGCUGGCGCUCUUCUGGCACGCGGAGUUCCAGUACGGUGGCAGUAUUACUUCCGGACAAGGGAUCAAGGCGUCGGACGGCUCUUACUCGACCUGGGUGAUGGAGGAGCUGACGCAAGGCGAGGGUGAAGUUCACGUUGACAUCGCCUCGAUGGGCCUAGGGUACUAA